GCGUCACUGUGUUUUGAGUUUCAGCGCGGCUACCAACCAGGAAAAAUUGAGUCCCGCUUGUAGGUUUUAACGAUGGAAACCGGCGUCGGUGUCAGUCUGAUGAUCAUGUAUGAGGACGAGUCGGUGGAUGUUCGUUAUGGAAACGGAGUCCAGUUACAACUGUCGCCGUGUGGCUGUGAAUUCAUGCUGGUUAAACCCAAAGAUUCCUCCAGACAUCCUCUGCAGCCCACUGAGAGAGUCCGACAGAGGACAAGGUUCACCACCAGCACCUAUAAGGAAUUUAUGGCAGCUGCGUUGGCAUUCAGGAAUAAAUAUGCAAGUCGACCAUAUUUGCCAGAGGAGCUCAUCCCUGUUGACGACAAGAAGCCUUUUUUCAGCAUUGACUCAGAGGUGGAGUGGCCCAAAUUGUCUUCCGGUGAUGCUGAGCUCGGACCUGGAGGCGAGACUAUCAUCAGGUCAGAAGGGGGCCGAGCUGUCUUGAUGCUGUCACCCUCAGGUGAAGAAUUCUCCGUUGAGUUCACAUGCAGCCUCAGUCAGACUCAGAAUCAGCGCCGCAGCCUGCAGGGUUUCAACAGAGACUCUGAGAGCAGCGCAGCAAAUCAGCUGCAGCAGCAAGUAGGCGAUCUGACCAUCAAUGAUGUGAACAAAGAGGCGCAUCAGGGAAGAGCAAGCAGAAGGAAUGAGUCUGUUAGAUCGAGGUCUUGCUCUCCACGGAUUAUCAGCACUGGCCAACCAAAGCCAGAGGAGAUAUACCAGUCCACCACAGUGCUCCAACAUCACUCCUGCUGCACUGUUGCCCCCAUCUGGCGCUUCCCUCUCUCCUUGGCUCACCAACUCUGGACGGCUCGCCUCUCUAAACCAAAAGAUGCCAGAGCACAGGAAACUGGCGAGCUCACCCAGGCACAGAGGAGAAUAAACACGUCAGAUGUCUCCAACGCUGAAAGACGGUCUCACCUUCCACAGGCUCUGCCUCUCACAUGUCCAUCACCUCACUGGCACAGAUGGAAAGUUAAAGACCCCCUGGCCAAAGAAGAACAUUCAGACCAAGAUCUUCCAACAGAGUUGGUAAAAGUGAUGUGGUGUCAAGGAGUCUCCUACAGGAUACUGAGCGGUACGGUCUCAGUCAUAGAGGUUUCCCCAGGAGAUGGAUCAAUUAUCCGGUCUAACGGUGUCCUGAACACUUAUUUUACCCAUCAGAAACCUGAGCUCCAGUCAGGCCAGGUGAAUGAGGUAACAUACCAUCUGAACAACCUUCCGCCUGACGUACCCGGGCAGCUGUACUCUGUAUGCUCUGUUGUGAGUCGUGCGAGCAGGAUCCUCACAUGCUACAACGAGGCCAAGCAUUCACUGAAGCUCCCUGCAGCACCCAGCUGCUUGCAAGAGGGGGGGCAUUUUUCUAAACCAGCAAGGAUUGAAGAAAAUCUGUCCAAUCUUCUAUCUUCUAAGCAGCUUGUAAAUGUCACACAGAUGGCAGAAAGUCGGUCAGAUCUUGUAGCUGCAGAACUGGAGAAGAUAAAACGAUUUAACUUUCUACUGGAGAACAACCACUUGCUAAGAGGUGAGAAAGGAUGUGCAAAACUGGAGGGUGAUUCCGCAGAAGAGGUGACUCAUGAACCGGUGACAGAGAACUAUAUCGCUGAGGCUCUUCAGAAAACAUCCAAAGCCAUACAUGAUAUUGAUGCUCUCAUAUGUGCAGCCACACUAACUUGAUAGAGAUUCGAUUAAGAGUAAAGUUUUAAGAAGAAGAAGAAGCCCCAAUGUAUAAGCUUGCCACUUAAAUAUAUAAAGCUGUUUUCCUGCUAUGUGUAGAGACCAAAAUAUGGAUUUCUCUUUAUAUUGAUGCUGGCAAAUGGUUUUUUAUUAUUUACUAAUGAUCCUCAAAGGUUAUAUUUUACCACUAACUGCCAAAACUACAAACUCUGGCAUGACUCCCAAAAACUUUAAUACAGAAAGUGCUUUCCCAGUUGCUAAUCGCCACGUCUUUGUCAUCACACAGUCCCUUCCUGUCAGAUAAGAACUUGCAAUGGUUAAAAAUUUCUUUAACAACAUGAUGUUUUGUCCCCAGACCCAUGACAAGUUGCGGGUAUCAUGUACAAGGUGUGACUGUUAAAGAAAAAAGACCUCAGUUUUCAGGCUUAGAAGUGCAUUAGUGUUAAGUAUAAAUAACAACAUGCCUCAGGUGCAAUAUGUAGGUCUAUAUCAUGGCAGUGUUCACGGUCAAAAAGCACUAGAAUUGUUUUUUCUCAAACAUUUCAGUAAAUGAUGAAAAAUAAAUGAAUAAAUAAUGCAAAUAUA